AAAACCCACGUGAGUUCCUGAUCCAGGCCCUGGAAAGGGUGAAAGCCGGGAAGCGGUCUGAGGGGGAGUACCCCUACCUCAUGGACGAGGGCAAUCUGGCCGCCAUGUUCGGCCUGCUGGAUGUGGUGGGCCGAGGGCACAUAACGGCAGGGGAGGAUAACGUCAGCGCAGUACAGAGAAGGUGCGUCUCACCUGCGCGGAGGCUCACGCUGGAGUGGUUGCAUUUGCACAGAAUUACUCUUAAAACUUUGGGACUGAGCACUGAAGACCUGCAGCUUGGCGAUGAUGUGAAUAUCACUUUGGACAUAUUCAAGGAAGAAGUAUUGAAAAGGGUCAGUUACUGCCUGACCUUGCGUGGCUUGCUCUACCUGAGCCAACUUGUCAUUUUCCUCCACCAGUCGGUUCCAGGAUCCUCUCAAAGCAGACCUCACAUCACCUACCUCUCAGGUCAGACAGAAGGUUCAAAUACUGAUCUAGACAUGUGA